AUGGGGGAGGAAGGGGGAGACAGAGGGUGGUUUGAGAGACAGGGGGAAGUUUGGGAGGAAGGGGGAGGGGAGAGGUUUGGGAGGAAGGGGGAGGUUUGGGAGGAAGGGGGAGGUUUGGAGGAAGGGGGGGAGGUUUGGGAGGUAGGGGAGGUUUGGGAGGGAGAGGGAGGUUUGGGAGGAAGGGGGAGUUUGGGAGUGAGGGGGAGGUUUGGGGAGGAAGGGGGAGGUUUAGGAGGAAGGGGGGAGGUGUGGGGGAGGGGGAGGGGGAGGUGGGGGAGGGGGGAGGGGGGGAGGGGGAGGGGGGGAGGGGGGGGAGGGGGGGGGAGGGGGAGGUGGGGGGGGAGGGGGGAGGUGGGGGGGAGGGGGGAGGGGGGGAGGGGGGGGGAGGUGGGGGAGGGGGGGGAGGUGGGGGGAGGGGGGGGAGGUGGGGAGGGAGGGGGAGGUGGGGGGGGAGGGGGGGGGUGGGAGGAGGGGGAGGUGGGGAGGUGGGGGAGGGGGGGAGGUGGGGGAGGGGGGGGGGAGGUGUGGGAGGGGGGGGGGGGGUGGGGGAGGUGGGGGGGGGUGGGGGAGGGAGGGGGGAGGUGGGGGGAGGGGGGGGGGGAGGUGGGGGAGGGGGGGAGGGGGGGGGGAGGUGGGGGGAGGGGGAGGGGGAGGGGGAGGUUUUGGGAGGUAGGGGGGAGGUUUGGGAGGAGGGGGAGGUUUGGGAGGGAGAGGGGGGUUUGGGAGGAAGGGGGAGGUUUGGGAGGGAGAGGGAGGUUUGGGAGGAAGGGGGGAGGUUGGGGGGAGGAGGGGGUGGUUUGGGAGGAAGGGGGGGUUUGGGAGGUAGGGGGAGGGGGUUUAGGAGGAAGGGGGAGGUUUAGGAGGAAGGGGGAGGUUUGGGAGGAAGGGGGAGGUUUGGGAGGAAGGGGGAGGUUUGGGGAAGGAAGGGGGAGGGGUUUGGGGAGGGAGAGGGAGGUUUGGGAGGAAGGGGGAGGUUUUGGGGAGGUAGGGGGAGGUUUGGGGAGGGAGAGGGAGGGGGAGGUAGGGGGAGGUUUGGGAGGAAGGGGGAGGUUUGGGAGGAAGGGGAAGGUUUGGGAGGAGGGGGAGGUUUGGGAGGAAGGGGGUGGUUUGGGAGGAAGGGGGGAGGUUUGGGAGGAAGGGGGAGGUUGGGAGGAAGGGGGAGGUUUGGGAGGAUGGGGGAGGUUUGGGAGGAAGGGGGAGGUUUGGGAGGGAGGGGGAGGUUGGGGGAGGAUGGGGGAGGUUUGGGAGGAUGGGGGAGGUUUGGGAGGAGGGGGGGAGGUGGGGGGGGAGGAAGGGGGAGGUUUGGGAGGAUGGGGGAGGUUUGGGAGGAUGGGGGAGGUUUGGGAGGAAGGGGGGGGUUUGGGGAGGAAGGGGGAGGGGGAGGUUUGGGAGGAAGGGGGAGGUUUGGGAGGAAGGGGAAGGUUUGGGAGGAAGGGGGAGGUUUGGGAGGAAGGGGGGGAGGUUUGGGAGGUAGGGGGAGGGUUUGGGAGGAAGGGGGAGGUUUGGGAGGGAGAGGGGGGUUUGGGAGGAAGGGGGAGGUUUGGGAGGGAGAGGGAGGUUUGGGAGGAAGGGGGAGGUUUAGGAGGAAGGGGAAAGUUUGGGGGGGAGGUUUGGGAGGUAGGGGGAGGUUUGGGAGGAAGGGGGAGGUUUGGGAGGAAGGGGGGAGGUUUGGGAGGUAGGGGGAGGUUUGGGAGGAAGGGGGAGGUUUGGGAGGAAGGGGGAGGUUUGGGAGGUUUGGGAGGAAGGGGGAGGUUUGGGAGGAUGGGGGAGGUUUGGGAGGAAGGGGGAGGUUUGGGAGGAUGGGGGAGGUUUGGGAGGUAG